CAAUAUUGAACCACAGCCCAACACAUGGUGUAGUUUAUUUUAUUCCAUCAGACGUUUAUGUAAAACACAAAUCUGUAAUUUUCAACAAGCCAAUCAUUUAAGUGGUUUAGACCAACGCCUCGUUUACCGACCAAUGACUGACAUACUGGUUCCAACAUGACCUUGUUUAACACCGUCUGACUACAUUGACUCAACGGCGCCUCUUUAUCCAAUCAGAUGCAAGCGUUCUGUCACGCCUACCCCUUAUAUUAACCCCUUAAAGAGACAUAUGUUUUCAAAAAAUAAGUCUGUAGUCGCGUCAUACGUUUUAAAAAUACAGUAUUAACAUGUAACUUAGGUAGUCAUAAUGCCCCAAACAAACAAUUCCUGAUUUAAAGUAAAAACCUAAAAGUCUUUGAUGUUUACACGGAACGUUAUUCCCCAAUAUCAUCACAAAUUAUCACAUUUAGGAUUUCAAACAAGUCUCCCAAGCACAUAUAACUCUGGAAAAUGUUGCAUUUGAUCUGAACUACACCGAAUAAACCAAUAAAUAACGUCUCAGGACCUUUACCGAUUUAAAACACUGUACAUAUUACCGCCAUUACGCCAGGCGUCCAAUCCCGGAACGCGGAGAUCGAGCAGUUGCUUCUGCACGGACUAGUUUACGAUUCAUUCGCAGCAAUGGCAGCCCUUCGUAAGGCACUCAAUGGACGGCUUCUUCAGUCACUCCCCGUUUCAUUUGGUUCACUUCGGUUCGCCAGUUCCUCCUUCAAGGCUGGAGAUCUUACCAUCGAGAGGAAUCCUGUGCUGAAGCCAAAGCCAGACCCCUCCACCCUUGUGUUUGGCAAGCAGUUUUCAGACCACAUGCUGACCAUCUAUUGGUCUGCAGAGGGAGGAUGGAAGAAUCCUGAGAUCAAGCCCUUCCAGAAUCUGUCCCUUCAUCCUGCUGCUUCAUCCCUGCAUUACUCUAUAGAGCUCUUUGAGGGGAUGAAGGCAUUUCGAGGAGAAGAUAACCACAUCCGUCUCUUCAGGCCCAAUUUAAAUAUGGAGCGCAUGUAUCGCAGUGCUGUAAGAAGCUGUCUACCUGUGUUUGAUAAGGUUGAGCUACAGGAGUGUAUUAAAAAGCUGGUUGAGGUGGAUCAAGAAUGGGUUCCGUAUUCUACAGAAGCCAGUCUGUACAUCAGACCGACGUUCAUAGGCAUAGAGCCUUCCCUAGGUGUGGCUCGAGCAGGUCAUGCUUUGCUCUUUGUCAUUAUCGGACCUGUUGGGCCUUAUUUUGCCACUGGAGGCUUCAGUCCCGUGUCUCUGCUGGCAGAUCCACGCUAUGUUCGUGCCUGUAGAGGAGGUGUUGGAGAAUACAAGAUGGGAGGUAACUAUGGGCCGACCAUCGCCGUUCAGAGCGAGGCAGCAAAGAAGGGCUGCCAGCAGGUCCUCUGGCUUUACGGAGAGGAGGAGGAGAUCACUGAGGUCGGAACAAUGAAUCUCUUCAUCUACUGGACCACAAAGAACGGAGAGAGAGAGCUUGUGACCCCUCCACUAGAUGGCAUCAUUCUUCCAGGAGUCACUCGACAAUCUCUUCUGGACCUCUCAAGAGAAUGGGGAGACUUCAAAGUGACAGAGCGAAAAGUAUUAAUGAAGGAGCUUAUUGGAGCUUUAAAUGACGGACGGGUUCUGGAGGUAUUCGGCUCUGGCACUGCAUGUGUGGUGUGUCCAGUUGGCAGUCUGCUCUACAGAGAAAAGAUAUACCAGAUUCCAACAAUGCAGAAUGGUCCAGAUCUUGCUAAGAGGUUCCAUAAAGAACUCACUGAUUUGCAGUAUGGACGCAAGCAGAGGGACUGGGCGCCAGUGGUUGUCUAACUUGAUGUGUCCGCCCGGAGAUCUCAUGUCAGGUUUCAUGUCUAUAACCUCUCAUCUCAAGUGGUACCGUGUGAACUUUUGAGAUAUUCUAGAGUAGCAACCACUUUAAGUGAGAAAUCUAUUAAAAAUAUGCAGAAUAUGACAACCUUAAGUCCUACUUGCUUAGAAAUUCAAAUGGCACAAUCUGUAGCUGUGAUUGUCUUGUUUUAGCACAAGCAAUAUAAGAUGUUUAUAAGGCACAAGAAGUCUAUAGAUUUUCCUUGCAGUACUUACCGAUCCAGUUUUACAAUUUUAUUAUGGUGGCAGUUUUUUUAACAAUCAACCAUGCUUUCAUAGUUUUCUUGUUGAAUCACAUAUGUCUGAAAAUAAUUUAGUGUUUUUUCUUCCAUGGAUGUUUCACUUUAUUAACUUUACUACCACCGAUCCAAUUUUUUUUAAUUCUGUCAUCAUUUACUCACCCUCUAGUUGUUCCAAAUCUGUAUACAUUUCUUUGUUCUGAUGAACACAAAGAAAGAUAUUUGGAAGAAUGCUUUAAACCGAACAGUUAUUGGCCACCAUUGACUACCAUUUUAAGAAAAAUUACAAUGGUAGUCAAACGUGCCCCAGUACUGUUUGCUCUCCUACGUUCUUCCAAAUAUCUUUUGUUUUCAACAAAGAAAUGUAUACAGAUUUAGAACAAAUUGAAAGUAAUUUAUGACAGAAUUAAAUGAGACGUAAAUGAUGAGAGAAGUUUUAUUUUUGGGUGAACUGUUCCUUAAAUAUGGAGGGUAUGGUGUGAAAUCAGGCAAUUUGAAUGAAGCAUAAUUCGUGACACCAUCAUUUUAAAGAUAAUUCAAGUGAACUUGUUUAUUUGUGUAACUAAAGAGAGCGCAAGAAGAGAUUAUCACACAUUACAAUGAAUUUAUAGAAUUAUUGUUCUCUUUUAAAGAAAGAAACGCAUGCAAUGAAAUUGAAUGAACUAAGGAUAGUAAAGUGUUGUAUAUGUCUUUGGAUUUAGAUGGUACUUCAAAGUCGAUAUUUUUGACUAGGUUCAGAUUAAAACCGUAAAGCUUGAGUUGAUGCAAUACAUUUAAUGGCAAGCAAUGCACAAAGGUCCUGAUAGCAGCUCUACAGACCAUUAGAAGAGUCCUGAUGGGAGAAUUACGGGUGCACUAGGCUGAUGUCCUGUAUGAUAUUUGGAACAAAUGUGUGAACUGUUUGUACAUGUGUGUGAUAUGAAAUAUCUGAAGAUUGUAUCAGAUUUAACUUAUUUUUGCGGUUGUUUUAGCGGUGUAGGGUUAAUAGUCCUAAUGUCCUGUUUUUAAGUCUGUAAACCCCUGAUUUCUUUUUGUCCUUAUUUUAAACCUGUAUUUUAUUGCACACACUCCCUAUCUCUUUUCUGUAAGUGCCUGAUGGAGAUGGCGGUUACCUUUUUUUUUGAGUUCUGUAUCUUUUGUGUUUGUCGUUAUUUUACUGGGGGCUGCUGCUGUGUUCACAAUUUAUUCGUUUUUUGUCUAAGGGAUGUGUGAGUAGAUUUUUCUGUUACUGUAUUUUUACAAAUAAAUUCAACUUGCGUCCA